AUGUCCUAUUACCAGCCUAUGACCCCUCGACUGGAUGCCAUUCCCACAGACCGUCGGAAUUUAGCUCGCACUAUGACAUACCAAUCUCCCCCUCGCAACUCUGAUAUGGCAAACCAGAACAAAGAUGCCAUUAUCGAGGUCUCUGACGAUGGAUCUGAUACUGAUCUAUCUCCACAAUACACACCUUCCCGUCAGUCUUUGCGUCGACUCCCACUCAGAAGAGCUUUGUCAACUUCCUCAGCUAGUGACGCCGAAGUCUCCGAUACCGAGUUUGCCCUGGAAUCCCGUCAUGUUCGUCCUCCCCGAGCCCUCAAGCGAACAAGGACUCCUGGUAGUUCCAUAGCCAGCUCACCACAAAUACCACCGGGCGAACGUGGGAAGCGCCGAGCAAAUUCACGCUCCCCUCGCGCUCAGGUUAGCACGGGCGGCAAAGAAGCUGGGUCUAGUUCGCAAUUGUUGCAUCACAUAUUCCGUCGUGAUGGUAUUGCUCCUGAACGAGCAACUGCUGUUCCAAGGCCAAACAAUCCCACGCGGCGUUACGGAACUCCUGAGAAGACAAAAGCAGCAGAACAACCACCGUACUACGUCGACGGCCGGCUCGAUAUCAAAAUGUAUCGAGGGCCAGGUUACGAGCGCUUUCCCGUAGUUCUUGGGACCGUGGAAGGACAUCAGGAGCUGUGUGAUGACUGGGACGCAAAACAGCUUCGCAAGCUGGAGAGAAAGGCGCACAAGCUGCGGCAAGCAAUCCGAACUCCAUAUAUUAUCCAUGGCUCCGAUUCCGAUUCGAGUGACGAUGGAUCAGAAGACGAGGGGAAAACGGCGUUCGAAAAGGAGUGUCUUGCCAGAGUUAUCGAUGUCUUUCCAGACAUUGAACACGCAUAUGUCGAAAAGAAGAUCCAAGAUGCUCCUCCACAGCCUCGAUAUUUCGACGAAGAUUACCAGGAAAUCAUCACCACUGGCGUCCCACCCCUUGCUGAACAGAUCAUUACUGAGAUUCUGGAGAUGCAGUCAUAUCCCAAGCAGCCUCCUGCCAACUCGAUGGCCUUGGGAAAAGGAGCUGCGGACGACGGCACUGGCAUCAACAUCACCUGGAACAGAAAUCUUCCAAAGGACAAAGUGUACACAAAAGACGCUAUCAUUCUGCUUGGGAAGCAUUUCGUCAAUGUCCCUACUGAUCACAUCAUCAAAGUGGUGGAGGAGAAAAAGUCCAUCUUUGACUCGUAUGUCACCAUCCAGGGAGAAGAGGACCGGUAUUACUCGGUUGAGCCCAGACCCUACACGCGUCGCCCUUCAGCAACGACUGCGCUGGAAAGACAAUACAUGCUGUCAGCAGACGACCGCCGCAUUCCCGCAGAGUACGCCAACAGAGUCAACGAACUGCAGGCAGCUAAGCAAUUCUGCGCUCGCCAGGCGAUAAAGGAGGAAGUCAAGAAGGCUAAGGAGGAAGCUGAAGCUUUAAAUUUGGCGGAACACAUCAGGACCGGCGCCAUCAUGGAAUGCCAGUGCUGCUUCGACACGGAAACUCCUCUCAACCGCAUCGUCCCUUGCAUGGCAGAUAUUCCGCAUUUUUUCUGCUUCACCUGUGUGGAAGGCCUAGCCGACAAUCAAGUUGGAAUGCUCAAGUAUGAGAUGUACUGUAUGGACGCUGGUGGCUGCACCGCGGAGCUUUCUCAUGAGGACGUAGGAAGGGCUGUCCCGAUCACCACCUUUGACCGCCUACAACUCAACAAGCAACAAGCAGAAAUCAAGGCCGCCAACAUUGAAGGUCUCGAGCAGUGUCCUUGUUGUGAAUACAAGGCGAUUUGUGAGGAUGUGGUAAAACAACCCAUCUUCCAUUGCCAGAAUCCAGAGUGCGCUCGCGCAACUUGCAGAAAAUGUAAGAAGGAAAGCCAUAUUCCAAAGACUUGUGAGGAGAAUAAUCGCGACAAGACGUUAUCGGCGCUACAUUCGGUGGAAGAGGCCCGGUCGGAAGCCAUUAUUCGAACAUGCCCCAACUUGACAUGCAAAGCCCCAAUCGUCAAGGAUUUUGGAUGCAACAAAAUGACAUGUGCACUAUGCCAAUGCCUCAUGUGUUAUGUGUGCAAUGCAGACAUAACGCAUCUCCGCGGCAAUGCCUACUCCCAUUUCGGGAGCAAGUGUAUCUUGUAUGACGGAGAAGGCAUCAACCGACACGAAAAUGAAGCAAACGAGGCGGAACAAGGCGCCAUCACCAAGGCCAAAGCCAUGGAUGCAGAGCUUGAUGAAAGCAAGCUUCGCGUUGACACGGGAAAACCCAAGGAACGCCCAUCAGCCUUACUGAUGCAUCCCGCCGCCGACGUGUUUCUGCGCGGUUUGAACAAUCGCGCUGCGCGUCUGAACAAUCGUCAGGCACACCUUCGCGACCUGCAAGCCCGUGUCGAUCGUCUCCAAGCUCUGCGCCCGGAUCCCGAGCUCGAGGAAAUCCUGGCAGCCGUCCAUCGCAUAGGCGGCGCGGGGCAGCCACCCCCAAACCCAAGGGAGCACAUUCAGGAAUUGGCUGACCUCUAUAGACGUGCGCGCCUGAAUCUGGCUCGACAUCAACCUCAUUUAGAGGCACAGCUGCAGCAGCCUGCACCGGCAGAUCGCUACGCGCCGGUGCACAACCAACUACCAGCAGCUUUCAAUCCUGUGGUCAACCCGCCUGUUCUUCUUCCUCCUGCUCACCAUAGGCCGGCGCCUGCCGCAGGAGCUUUUGGUGAUCACGAUUGGCCAGGUAGCAACCGCCUUAAUGGUAUCAAUGAGGGCCGCCUUCUGGGGACUCGCCAAAACUUUGAAUUCAACUUUGCUCGAGCACAAGCGGCCAUGCCAGAUCCGAUUGGCUUGGAUGCACAUGCCGGUGUGAUGCGUGAGCGCCGUCGAGUAGCUCAACCACCUCUCCAGCCGAAUAAUCUGCGAUACGAUCCCUCCCUUGGACAAUAUGAAGGCGGUGCUGCGUAUGCCAGCCCUGUAGCUGGUAGGAAUGUGGAUGCAAGGCAGCUUCAUCGACCGGCUGGUGCUGCCGCCCCUGCCCAGGGUAUGCAAAGUCAAACAUCACCCGUUGCCGCUGCCUUAGCUCGCAUUCAUGCUCUUGGUAUUCCCAGGGGAGAAGCGCGAAAUCAGAGCUCUGUUUAA